AUGUGGUGCUGUUGGGUGGUCGCUGCAUGGGUCACAGGUACUCUGGAUGGUGCAGUACGAUGGAAUGUGGUGCUGUUGGGUGGUCGCUGCAUGGGUCACAGGUACUCUGGAUGGUGCAGUACGAUGGAAUGUGGUGCUGUUGGGUGGUCGCUGCAUGGGUCACAGUUCGAUGGAAUGUGGUGCUGUUGGGUGGUCGCUGCAUGGGUCACAGGUACUCUGGAUGGUGCAGUACGAUGGAAUGUGGUGCUGUUGGGUGGUCGCUGCAUGGGUCACAGUACGAUGGAAUGUGGUGCUGUUGGGUGGUCGCUGCAUGGGUCACAGUACGAUGGAAUGUGGUGCUGUUGGGUGGUCGCUGCAUGGGUCACAGGUACUCUGGAUGGUGCAGUACGAUGGAAUGUGGUGCUGUUGGGUGGUCGUUGCAUGGGUCACAGUACGAUGGAAUGUGGUGCUGUUGGGUGGUCGCUGCAUGGGUCACAGGUACUCUGGAUGGUGCAGUACGAUGGAAUGUGGUGCUGUUGGGUGGUCGCUGCAUGGGUCACAGGUACUCUGGAUGGUGCAGUACGAUGGAAUGUGGUGCUGUUGGGUGGUCGCUGCAUGGGUCACAGGUACUCUGGAUGGUGCAGUACGAUGGAAUGUGGUGCUGUUGGGUGGUCGCUGCAUGGGUCACAGUACGAUGGAAUGUGGUGCUGUUGGGUGGUCGCUGCAUGGGUCACAGGUACUCUGGAUGGUGCAGUUCGAUGGAAUGUGGUGCUGUUGGGUGGUCGCUGCAUGGGUCACAGUACGAUGGAAUGUGGUGCUGUUGGGUGGUCGCUGCAUGGGUCACAGGUACUCUGGAUGGUGCAGUACGAUGGAAUGUGGUGCUGUUGGGUGGUCGCUGCAUGGGUCACAGGUACUCUGGAUGGUGCAGUACGAUGGAAUGUGGUGCUGUUGGGUGGUCGCUGCAUGGGUCACAGGUACUCUGGAUGGUGCGGUACGAUGGAAUGUGGUGCUGUUGGGUGGUCGCUGCAUGGGUCACAGCCCUCUUCUCUGUGUGAGGUGCUUCCUUCUUCCCCACCUCUUCCUUCCUCACCCGCCCUCUCACCUUCUCUCUGCUUCACCCAACUCUUUUCCUUACCUCCCUUUCUCCCCCUCUCACCGCACUUCCUCCCUCCCCCCUCCCCAUUCACCCCUCCCCCCAUCCUCCCCUUGCCAGCAUCCCCUCCUCCCCCGCGCUACGUGGCCUUCGUAUCAGGCCUCCACCUCUCCGUACCCACCACCACCGCAUCAGGCGCCCCCUCGCCCUCCCCCCCGCCCGCUGCCACACCACCAUCGUCCCAGGGGCGGGGUGCAGAGGGAGCAGAGGCGGGGGGCGGAGGAGACGCCAUGCUGCAUGAGGAGAUGCUGCUGGACUUGCUGUCAGGGCAUGUUCACUCGGAAGAGGAGGAGCGAUUGAGUGCGGGGAUAGUGCGCGUGGUGAUUGCAGGGGACUCGUGCUCCUUCUCCCACCUCCCACAGUCCCUGCAUGACACAGUCAACUCCACUUCGCUCAUGCACCGUGAUGCCAAGGCCAUGGCAGCACCAGUCAAGGCUCUUGACACUUUCCUGUCUGAGCUCUCAGCGUCAGUGCCUGUGGACAUUAUUCCAGGCUCCUGUGACCCAGCCAACUACUCCCUGCCGCAACAGGUGGGUGAAGGGGCGAACGUGGAGGUGAAGGUUCCUGGGAAAGCCGGGCAGAACAUUCAAGACAUGCGCCGUCUCUGCCUCACCCGCCUGCUCCACGCCCCUCCCCCUGCUGCUGUUCCUGUUGGUGGGGAGCAAGCAGGGCCUAUGGAAGGAGUGGAAAUGCAGGAAGGGGGGAAAGACGGGAGGGGGGAUGACAGAGAGGAGAGGGGGGAGGAUGAGAAGGAGGGGGAGGCGGGUGUGCUGGAUCUGAUGCAGCGAUGCUUGGAGUGGAGACACGUUGCUCCCAGUGCUCCUGACACGCUUGGCGUGUACCCGUUUCAGCUGGACGACCCCUUUGUGCUCACCACGUGCCCACACGUCUUCUUUGCCGGCAACCAGCCGCGAUUCGCCACUCGCCUUAUCCGAGGUCCCCAGAAGCAGGUGGUGCGGCUGGUUGCGAUUCCUAAGUUCUCUGAGACAUCCCUGUCCUUCCUCAUCUGUCCUGUCCUUCCUCAUCUGCCCUCUCCUUCCUCAUCUGCCCUCUCCUUCCUCAUCUGUCCUGUCCUUCCUCAUCUGCCCUCAUCUGCCCUGUCCUUCCUCAUCUGCCCUCUCCUUCCUCAUCUGCCCUGUCCUUCCUCAUCUGCCCUCUCCUUCCUCAUCUGCCCUCUCCUUCCUCAUCUGCCCUCUCCUUCCUCAUCUGCCCUGUCCUUCCUCAUCUGCCCUGUCCUUCCUCAUCUGUCCUGUCCUUCCUCAUCUGUCCUGUCCUUCCUCAUCUUCCCUCUCCUUCCUCAUCUGCCCUCUCCUUCCUCAUCUGCCCUGUCCUUCCUCUUCUGCCCUCUCCUUCCUCAUCUGCCCUCUCCUUCCUCAUCUGCCCUCUCCUUCCUCAUCUGCCCUCUCCUUCCUCAUCUGCCCUCUCCCUCCUCAUCUGCCCUGUCCUUCCUCGUCUUCCUUACACAGGUGGACCUAGACUCAUUGGAGUGCCGAGUCCUCUCUGUUGCCUGCCCUCCCUUCCCCUCCUCACCAUCACGUUCCUCAUAG